CGAUUUGUCUCUCUCUCUCAAACGCGAUCUCUGUCUCUAUCUGGCUCUCGCUCUCUGUCUCUAUCUGGCUCUCGCUCUCUAUCACUAUCUGGCUCUCUCUCGCUGUCCGUCUGUGUCUAUCUCUCGCACGACGAGGGCGAUGGACGACACCGACGACGAGGUGCGAGACCUGACGGCCAGGUCCUUCCGAAGUCUUUCGUUCCCCUACGAGGCGCUCGAAGACAGCGGCUCCCUCAAGGACAUCACGCCUGCGCCGAGCAAGCACCACGAGAACAUCAACAACAACCACGAUCACAACAACCACAACAACCCCCACGAUCACAACAACCACAACAACCACAACCACGAUCACAACAACCACCGCAGUGAGCGCAGCGAGCACGGCAAAGACGAGGGUAAGCUCAUCGAUCGUAAAGACAACGCCGACGACGAGGACGAGGAGUCGAUACUCAACCGCUGGCCCACGUACGUGGACCUGGGUUGGACGAGCCGCGAAGUCCGACGUUCCACCGCCAAGGGGGAGCAAGGGGAGGUGGGGGCAGGGGUGGGGGCUGCGGGCUGUCAGGGCCCGGCUAGAGGUGCUGUGAGUGUCGCGGUGCAGCAGGACGAGGAGGAGGGGGAGACGGGAGCAGCGGAGAGAGUUGAUAUUUCCAUGAUGCCUGGCGGCGAGGAUAUAACGAGAGUCUCGGCAUCGCGCGUGACACUCACCCAGUGGGCAGCGGCAAUGAGCUGCGCGCCCAAGAGGGACGCGGUGCUGGAGACGCUGCUGCUGCAGCAGCUGCAGCAGCACCACCACAAGCACCAGCAGCAGAAGCAGCAGCAGCAGCAGCUGCAACAGCAGCAGCAACAACAACAACAUCAUGAACAACAACAGCAGCAACAACAGCAGCAGCAGCAACAACAACAUCAGCAGCAGCAGCAGCAAGCAAUCACGUUUGACACUGAGCGCAAAGUGACUUCAUUUAUGUCGGGCAUGCACGUGGAGGAGAGCGGACAGGCCUGCUACUUGAAGCAGCUGUCACAUCGGCAGCAACAUCGGCAGAUCUACCAUCACCAUGAGCAGCAGCAGCAGCAGCAACAUAAUUAUCAUCAUCAGCACCAGUAUCAUCAGCACCAGCAGCACAUCUGGCGGCAGAGCGAAGGUCAAGUCGAGUUGUCCGCCCAGGGAAUGUCCGGGCACGCCAAACAGGCGUCAAACAUCCUCAAGAACGUCAUCUCCAAGAAGAUGCAGCUGGAGCAGGAGUUGAAGAUGGAGCGCGGGGAGGUGGUGGACACGAGCGUGCCGAGUGAGUGCGGCGACUCGCGGGGCACGGACGAAGCCGCCCGGAGCGCCGAGAGACGCGGGCAGGGGCAGACGCGCGUGUCCGUCCACCCCGACGUGGUGCGAGGUGGCGACGGCUUCGACAGGCGGCUCGUCUCCGCGUCCGCCAACAAGUCGAGCGCCGGCGGGGAGGCGCCGCGCUCGAGCACCUCGCAGCAGUCGGUGUCGCAGAAGAUAUUCCUGCACAGCGAGAACAGCGCCUUCACGUCGUGGGAAGAGCGGCGGCACGAGGCGGCCGCCGAUCUGGGCGGCGCGGCGCGACGCGACUCCAGACGGCAGACGACCCGACUCGACAUCCCGCACGGAGGGGCCAGAAUUGUCCAAGACGACGACGAGAAGAAGAAGAAGAUGAUGAUGCUGAAGAUGAUGAUGAAGCUCCCGCAGACGGAGCUGGCGAAGCGCGGCUACAGCAGCAGCAGCCUCUCGACCUCCGAAGGAGUCCGCAACGUGCGGAACGAUGAUGGCGACGGCGCUGACGCCGACGACGACAGCUCGUGCUACCUCGCCGUCUCGGCCCCUGUCCACGCGCUGAACUCCGCCAUGGUGGUGGUGAUGGAGGGAGACGGGAGGGAGAACAAGACGAAGCAGAAGACGCAGAGCCUCGCGCGAGACGCCGCUACCACGGGCGUCUUCAGGAGCCAAGACGCCGACCUCCUGCUCAAGGUGGGCGACGCGACGCGGAGCGGCGGCGCCCCCGUGUCGCGCUCCCCGGAGAUCAAGAUCAGCAUCCGCAAGCGCAGCGGGGACAGCGGCGCGAACCCGUUCAGCAUCGCCAAGCUCCUCACGCCCAACAUCUCCGCCGGUGGCAUCGACGACGGCCAUCACCGCCGUCAUCACGAUCAUCACCCGACGAGCCACGUCGCCUCCAUCUCGGCGUCCACCGCCAAGCCCACGUCGAGUUCCACCCUCCCGGCGAUUUUCAAGAUCGAGCCCGUGGACGUGGCGCCGUCCCCGGCGAGGCUGGAGGAGAAGGUGAAAGGUCAGGCGCCCAUCCACCACGUGCGCGACGUCCGCAAGCUGCUCAAGAGCUCCUAUCCCGUGGGGCCUCGCGAGGACCGCGCUGACUCCAGGUCCACCACCUCGGAUCACAGCUCCGUGGGGACGACGGCGGCCGCGGCGGCCGCGGCGGAGGCCAGAGGCCAUUCGCGAGGGUGCGAUAUCGCGGCCACCAACGUCACCACCUCGUCGUCGUCUUCACGCGGUCCCAAAGCUGUGGCGCCGCUCGUCAUCAACUACAAGUCCAUCACGCGGCAGGAGCGCGGUGACAGCAACGGGGACGCCGUGAAGGCGCGCGCCGCGGACGCGAGGUUCGGAGCCGUGACGACGGCGACGGUGGCGGUGGGCGGCGCCCCUCUGGAGGGCCCUUGGGGGCGAGGAAGCGCGGAGGAGAAGGGCGCGCAGCAGCGCUGCGGGAUCAAGGUGGGAGCGGCCGACGAGCUGGCGGGCAGAGGUGGGCACGCCAAGCCGUCGAGCCAGCUCGCCGUGGAGAAGCUGGAGGCAGCGGUGCGCUCCAUGGAGGACCUCUACGUGUACGAGAACCACGAGUGGCGGCGGCGUCACGGGGCCGAGGCGCCGGUGCCCGAGAGUCACGUGCUGUCGCUCAUCGCCUGCAUGGAAAAGGGCGAGAAGGAGAAACAAGCGCACGCGGACGGGGCCGCGAGGAUCGUCCGAGUGCAGCAGCAACAGCAGCAGCAGCAGCACCAGCAGCACCAGCAGCACCACCAGCAGCAGCAGCACCAGCAGCAGCAGCAGCAGCAGCGCGCGGCGCCGCUCGCCGCUGCAUCCGUGCCGCCUCCGUCGUCCCGCCACGUGGCUCUCGGCCCCUCCACGUGGUCGGCUCAAAAGGUCGCGCACAAAUUGCCGCACAUCUUUGGCACGCCGCAGACUGUGGCGGCCGCCGACUCCAAGCGGCAGCAGCAGCAGCACCAGCAGCAGCAGCAGGGGAUGGUGAUACGGUCCGUGAGGCCCCCGUGUCCCGCACGUGCGGAUGAAGCCGGUGCCACUGCGUUCGCCCAGCAGCAGCAGCAGCAGGAGGAGGAGCGGGAGAGGUCGGCCGAGGCGGCUGCUGAAGUGGGCCACUACCUCACCAUCCCCGUCAAGGCGAGCGCCCGAGACGGGAGUGGGGACCGCGUCUCAAGCAAGGAGCCGCAAGCUCUGCUCGCUCCGCCUCCCACGGUGGCACCCAGGACUCACAGGGAGGCCAGCAGCCAGCAGCACGCGGCGCAAGUGGACGGCAAAUCGCAGCAGCAGCAGCAGCAGCAUCAACAGCAGCGCAGACACACGCACAGAGCGAUGGAUCCGGACGAAAGAGGAAAGCGUCCCGCGGUCGGCAGCGGAAGAAUGAGCGCCGCGAGCAUCAAGAACAUCCACGGCUUGAACAGCGCCACCGCCAGCGGCCACUUCGCCAAAAUCCACACGACGUCCGCUCAGCAAAUGUGUCCUCCAUCCCCCCUGAUCCUGCAACCCGCGCACUCGGCGCUCGCCUUCUCGGCGGCCCCCGAGCGUGACGAGAGGCGGCUCCCGCUGCCGCGCGCCAUCGCCGGCUCGGCGAGCCCCGCGCCGCCGACGGCGUCGCACCGCCGUCUGCUUGUCGACCCCGAGUCGGGUCAGUGCUACCUCGUGGACGCACCACCGCCCGCGCAGCCGCAGCGCAAGACGCUUCUGGACGUGGAGACGCAGCAGUACGUGGAGGUGUCCGUGACCCCGCAGGCAGAGGGAGCCGGAGGAGUGGGAGGCACCGCGGGUGGCGUUUACUCCGUGGCCAUGGCCCCCGCGCAGUUCCUUUUCACGGCGGCGACGCCCGGCGCCUUGGGGUCACACUUCGUGAUGUUUCCCGGUGUCCUGUCCACGCGCAUCCAGGCCAUGCCCGCCGGUUAUGAGUACCAGCAUCAGUUGCAGCAGCAGUUGCAGUAUCAGCAGUUGCAGCAUCAUCAUCAUCAGCAGCAGCAGCAGUACUUUCAGCACCAGGGAUCGAGCGGCCUCGUUGAGGAACCUCAGAGCUCGCAGGGGAAAUGCUUCUUCCAGAGCGGCAAGGAGGAGUCUAGUCCAGCAGUGGAUCGGCCCUACUUCCUGCCGUCGGGAAAGGUGCUCGGCCCGGGGAACCAGGGCGUGUUCGCAGUCCCGGGCUCCGGAGGCGAACUGGAGCUGCUCAAGGGGCCGACAGCGGUCUCCUUCUGCUCGGCCGCGCAGGCGCAAGGCCCCCGCGUCAUCGUUGCGCCGCCGUCAUUCGACGGCACCACCAUGAGCUUCGUGGUGGAGCACAGCUGAAGAGGGCAGCGGCGCCACGUGGGGAGCCGGCGCCCUCUGACCCCGGCCGGGAGCCACCCUGCUGCUGGCGGCAGGGCAACACGGCCUCAACGACGCAGACGCGAAACGCCGUGGCGAAGGUCCGGAUGGGAUUCGCGUCGCUCUCCCUCGCCUAGGGGGGGGGGGGCGACCCACGGCCCAUGGGCCGGACGCGGACCGCUACUUCAUUUCGUGAGGCCUACCACUCCUAAACAACAUUCAUUGGUCACCGCAAGCCGCACUGAUCGGGCACUAGACGGGGACAUUUGCGACCUGGCAACGAGCGCGCGUGACUCGCCACGAGUUUCGCUGCCGUCACUGCGAGGGCCUCUCGGAGUGGCGAGGACCGACCGAGCCGCGCGCAGCUUCAACGAGUCGCUCGCUCGCCACGGCCACUGCACGUGGAAGGCCCGACUGGGCCCUCGCUCAGGAAAGGUUCCCCACCAUUGCCCCCCCCCCCCCCCCUUUAACACGGUGGCGUGUCCCGUGACCUGUGGCCAACAUCGACAUGGAGGCGUCAUCGUGGCCAUAGCCGCUGAUGCCACCACCACCGCCGCCGCUGCACCUCCUCGCUGCCGACUCGCUCUCCACUGCCUCUCCCCUUCCCCAAAUCCCACAGCUGGAGCCACGCAGCCACCGCCGCGAUUCUGCCCCCGCGAGGGACGUGGGGGGAGGGGGGUACGGAACGACGAUGGAAUUUUCUGCACCGCCCUCUCCGAGCCACAAUGCCUAUCACACCUGUUAUUCUCGGUGGUCGCCUUGCCAAGCCCUAUACAAAGCUUAGCCCCGCUUAGUCUCAUUAACCCCCCCCCUCCUCCCCCACUUUGUGCAAGAGCGCAGAAGCGUGGUCACCACAUCUACGCCUCAUAUA